GUAUUCUUAGACUAGACUAAGUUUGGUACGCACGCAGCAAUUUUCUCUCCGGAAGAAGGCUUCUAACUUACUCGUAUUCUGAAGACAGAUUCUCACCGAAUUCAAUGACAAAACACGUGGCUACAGUAUACAUGGCAAAAUGUCGAUCGAACAAACCACCAACACGAUGUACCGUUGCAAGAUGUGUCCUUUCAUGAACGAAACCCAAGAGGCGAUUGCUGUCCAUUUCCUGAAGCAGCAUAUGUAUGUUGACUUCUGCUCUCUUAGUGAAUCGGUCUCCGGCGAUUAUCAAGGUUGCAUUGAAAAAAUCCCGAUGCAGGAGAAAACCGCAAGUAGCCAAGAGCAAGCCAAGGCACAACGAAGACGAAGUCAGAGAAAGGGGAAGGCGACUGCGUGCAAAUCAACAACUUUAGAAAGCUCGAACUCGCUUGACGAAACAGAUCAUGAUAUAUCACCACAGGGUUUGGAUAAAUGUUGCAAAGGAGCAAGUCGUGUUACGAGGCCCACUAGACAAGUCACCGAUAAGAAACAAGACGAGAUUAGUGAUUUCGAAAGUAAUGAUGAUCGUCUUGGUCGUGGGAAGAGAAAGAAAAGCACUCCGAAGAGAUUUAGAACAGACGCUGAACAAUCAAAUUGGACAGGUACAAAACUUAAGAAAAGUGUACCCUCAGCGUACACGAAAAUGCUUCACCAGAGCGAAACCAAUGCAGCUAUGAGAGAUAAGGAGGUAGAUGAAGUUGGUCAACAGGUUCAAGAAGAUCCAUCAAAACGUUCGAGUAUUAACGAAAAGACCAAGCCCGAAACCAUAAUUCGGACUCAAAUGCCUAUCGGUAAAAGGGUAUCUCCACAUUUGAAAUCUGCUACAGACAAAACUGAACCUCAAAAAAGUGCCAGUCAAUCGAGAUCAAAACAGAAACGUUCUGAAGCUUUAACUGCAGAUAUCAAAGCCGAGACAAUAAAUCAGAAGAUCAAGAGAUUGCCGAUACCUUUCAUUCAGUUCAAGAAAAAGCUGGACCACAUGAUGAACGAAUGGGAAAUAACACAUGAGAGACAGAGAGGAGGGUUACUUCAAACUUGUUCGUUUGAAGGCUGUAUAAUAAAGUUAAAUAAAGAAGAGAUGAACAUGCACGAAUCUUGUCACGUCAAAUCUAUGGACGGUCUACGAUGUCCCAAGUGUGACUUCCUGUGUAUUUAUUGGAGAAUCAUGAGGAAACACCUUCGAAACCAGCAUCAAGUGUCGAUAAAGAGGUCUUUUCAUUGUGAUCAAGAGAACUGUGAACAUAAGUUCAUUCGAUCUAAUCAACUUCGCAAACAUAUUAUGGACAGGCAUUUCAAAGAAGUUCUUGUUGAUAGAAUACUGAAGGGAGAUCUCGACAUGAAGGAGCUUGAGACAGAUGAGAGAGAAGAAGAGAUUGUUCCUAAUUCUGUUCGCCAAAAGCGAAAGGUUCGAUCUGAUGCAUCCGAUGAGAGCUUAAAAAAGAAGAGACGAUUGCCUCAAGCAAAAGGUGACAAUGAUGUAGUCGCGAAUGAUCACAGGGGCAAAGUCACAUUCGUAUGUGACCUCUGUUUGUCUAAAUUCAAGGAUGAAAAUGCUAUGGAAAUGCAUAAGAAAGGCCACGAAACAGAUCAAGAAGGGAUGUUAAUCUGUUCAGAUUGUGAAAUUCCCUUCGAAAGUACCGAUGCGUUGAAAGACCACUACCGCGAAGAGCACAAGAGAAAACUGAUGAGACAUCAGUGCCAGCAAUGCUCUUUUGCAACCGAUAAGGUCUAUCAAAUGAAUGCACAUCAGGCAAUACACACCGGGGAGAAGGGUGUUAUGUGCGAUCAGUGUGGAAAGUGGCUGGCCAAUCAAUACAACCUGAGGGUCCACGAGUAUAGGAAGCAUUCUACAGAGGAGCAGAUGACCGUCACUUGCCAUGAAUGUCCUUUUAAAUGUGCAGAUAAAUCAAUCCUGAGAGAUCACAUUAAACAGCAUCACAAAUGGAUGCUUAAGAACCCGAUCUACCACAAAUGUCCCCACUGUGAUUACGUGGGGCACAAGAAGCAGAGCCUGGAGUUCCACAUGCGGAUUCAUACAGAGCAACGUCGGUUUAAGUGCCACCUCUGUCCCUAUGCCAGCAAGACGAAGAACCACCUGAAAAUACACAUGCAGACGCACGAUGGCUACCAGUCCGCUUCUUGCCCUGAUUGUGAUUUUAAAGCUGCAUCAAAAAAGCGUCUUUCUGAGCACAUAAUGCGUCGCCACCUCGAAGUAGAACCAUAUGUUUGUAAGAUAUGCGGCUGGCGGACUGCCUACAGUGGAAACAUGUGGAAGCACAUCAACCAACACAAAAAUAAGCUGGGCAAUGAUAUGCUAGACGAGCCCGUUACUGUGGAACUUGAACUGCUGAAAGGAACUGUUCUACCGGUGAUGCCGAAGGCACCGACCGGAAAGACACGUGGUCAGACUCGAGUCGAGAACAGCCUCUUAGUGGAUUUGGUGCUCAAUAAUCCACAGAAUGAUUCUGUCGACAUAUGCGAAGAAGAGCUUACGGCGAAACAAGACGUUGCUACUGCACCUGGGAGUGAGCAAAUACAGGUGUUGCAAUUUUCUGGUGAUAACGCUCAGAGUACUUUCCUAGGUGGCUGCGAUGAAGGAAUUCAGAUUGUCCAUAUUGGUGAGGAUGCUCUUGGAGUGACUCCAGAGCUUAGUGAACAGGUGGUUGCCCACAUCCGACAUGGUGACUCCACACAGAUUCCUCACGAAUCAAGUCAGAUGGAGAUCUUUAUCACCCAUGAUGGCAAUGGUGAUCGACCUGAUGACGCCGUAGAGGUGCUACAUGUCAAGGAAGACGGGAGCAUUGUCUCUUCAACGAUGAACAGGGAUGUUGAAGUGGCUGUUCUGGCAUUGGCGCAACUUGAACCAGGAACACGAGCUAUGGAGCUCCCAGCUGCUGGUGGAGAUGUGGGCGGUCGGAUUACUAUCCUUCAAACUGUCCAGAAAAAUCAAGAAACGGUUGACACGUCCGAUCCGACAGAGAGUGGUGAUCAAGGAAGUAUUCAGCUUUCAACAGACAGCGUUUCUCCCGCGACAACUACUCCUCCGCCAAUUUCUCUGAGGAUAUAAGUUGACUGUGAGGAUUGUGACGUGGUUUUUGGUUCAAUAUAAUGUGAGGACUUAACCUUUCUAAAAUUUAGUCUAGAAUUGAUCUGCAUUCAGGACUAAUUAAUGUUGUUUUCCACGAUUAAUUUUGAAAGACGCCAUUGGUUAAAAAAGAAGCUCGAUGGGGGGGGGGGGACUGCUAUGACAAGAUGAAUACCAUGCUUAUACACAAAAGCAGUAAAAAUUGCUGUUUUUCACCCUAUUCUGAAAAUAUUAUAUCUAAGGCGUUAUUGUUAUGGGCGGAGAAACAUGGAGAAUAUUUCUUUAGGGUACCGUCAAAGAAUUAUAUUAUACCCGGGGAUGAUAUAUGUAUGACUUACGCCCUAAUGCAACCCCUGUAUUAAAGAGAAUAUGGCAGGAAGUCCUAUAGACUAUUGAGGGAUACAGGGGGCGGGGCACAUCUGAACCGUACUCCCCUUGAGAACUAUAUAAAUAUUUUUAUUUGGGAAUGUCGGGCAUACGCAAUGAAUUACCGGGGGGUGGGACUUGCUUGUCAAUAAGUUGGGAAAAUGCAGUGUGUCCUAUAAAGUAUAGAUAUCUAAAUUGGCGUAAAAGAAGCUUGACAUCGUUUGGAAGAAUGUAAAACGUUUGGAGGUAAAGUCAAGUGCAUUUGAUUUCGUUUAUUUCAGUAAAUUGAAUAGGAUGCUUUUUCUUUUUAAUUCCUUUGGAACUCGCGAAUGGAAAAAAUUUAGAUGUGAUGUUAUCAAGGAUUAUUGACAUGGCGGCUUAAAAAUGAUGAAGAAUGUAAAGAAGGUUGAUAAUGAGAGAAUUUCUAUGUGGAAACACGAGAUAUUAUUUAUUGAUUUGCGCGUUUUGGAACUCAUGAUUUAAUCAUGAAUAUUGACUUUCGGGCUCGCAAUGUAACUUCAUUGUUUGAAAAGAAAAUAUGGCCAGUUUAUCUUAAAAUAAUUGGAGCUUGGUCUUUGAUUGAUAAAGAUAAUCCGGUUGAAAAGAAUGUUAAUGGUUUAAUUAUAUUUUAAGAAAUAAUUUAGAAGGAAUUGUUCCCUAGUGAGGGAAUAACCUACUUAGACAUUCUGAAUGCUGAUGGAGGUUUUAAAAAUGUAUUACAAAUAUCAUCUUUGUUAAAAUUUAGGAGUAGUAAUCUACUAUCAUUGUUAAUCAUUCAACAGUUCAAAAUUAAGAUGAGCCAAUCAUUUGUCGAUCACCCCCCCAAAAAAAAAAAAAAAAUCUGCCGAGCUUAACAUACCCAAAUUAUACAUAGGUAUUCUGUAAAAUGUUGAAGUCAAGUAAUAUCAAGAUACUCUUUUAAUUAUGUCAUACAUCAUGGAGGCCCGAAUUCACUUGUUAAUUAUUUUGGGAAAAUAUUUUGAAAAUGAUUACAGACUAUUUUGUUUCAAGAUAAAUUUGUUUAGAGUGGAAGAAAAUAUACUGAGAUCAUUUAAUAUCAAGAUAUUGUUUAAUUCAUUACUUGUGAAACGAAUCUUAUGUAAAUGGAGGAUAAGUGAAGACGCAAACUGCAAUGUAUAAGAAGACAAAAUACAUGUUAUGAUUAAUCGCGGAAAUGAUUUACGGUAAAUUCUUAAAUUAUUGGAAAGGACUAAGUGUAAGUGGAUAGAGGAAGAAGUGAAAUGGAUAGACGAGAAAAUGGAAGGUUGGAAAGUAGAGUAUCUCUUUCGGACUUGCGUGUAGUCCUUAAAAGGACUGCAAACCAGAAAAGUAAAACUAUAGUAGGCAAGAUGCGAGGCUUGAGUUGAAGGCUGAUUUAAGUUGGAGAGGUGAGAGAGGUUUGGGUAGAUGAUAAAGGCUGGCAUGAUUCGGCUAGUGGAAUUAUAAAGCGGGAGCUGAUGAGAAAGCUCAUCGUGUAUACCGUAAAACAUUUCUGCGAAUGUUAACACCACCAUGCAAACAUUCAAACAUCAUAAUUAUGCUUUGAUUACAUGUGAACUGAAUCAAAGAUUUUGGACAUUUGAUAAUUUGGUUUAUUGAAAGCCUAGUCUUUCAAAAACAUAUUAUUAAUGUCGAUCUUUUAUUUAAAAAAAUAUGAGAAUAAAGAAUGAGAUGACAUUUGGACAGUGGCGUAUCUAGGUCAAACGGCGCCCGGGCAAGUGCUAAAAUCGCGCCCUUUUCAAAGUGUAUAAUAUACAUAUACAUAUCGGGAUAUAUAUAUCAAACAUUUUUCAAUAGACAUUAAAACGGAAUAUUCUUUGUUGGUUUUAUGUAAUCAUAAAUGUGAUUCGUAUCUAACUUAACAAUGAAUGCGAGCGCGAAGCGCGAGCUGAAAAUUAUUGAUCUUCUGUCCUGAGAAAGGAACAUUUAUCAUAGAUAAAUUAUGACAGGGAAUCAGGGAUCUCAUUAAAUAAAUCGACCUAAUACGAGGCAAAGCGCGAGCCUGUUUUUUUUUAAUUUAACAUUAAGAACUUAAGACUGAAUAUUCUAAACAUUUAAUGCGAGCGCGAAGCGCGAAAUUUUUUGAUAUUUAGAAAAUUAUUGAUACCGAAAAUUAUUGAUAUUUAUACCUGAAAUCUGGACAUUUUAGGGAGAAGUAAUCCCAAGAUGCGGAUCUAUUACUAAGCAAUUAUUGCAGGCACGAGCAAUGAGCUGAUUUUGUUUUAUAUACUUACCUGAAAGGGGACAAUUUUAAGGAGUAUUCUAUUCAUGAACUUCCUAUACGUAUCUCAUCAGCGUAAUGCGUGCGCGAAGCGCGAGCUGAUUGUGUUGAUAUAUCCUCUCCUAAAAAGAGACGAUUGUUUGUAAAAAUAUAAUGAAGAGGGUUUGUACCUACCCUAUCAAAUCAGGGCGUGAUUAUAGGUCUUUGUAAAUUAAACAAGAAAGAUAUGUAUUUCAGAACUGUUUGUAAGAAUUAAUGGAGAGUAACAUAUCAAAAUGCUUACCCGCGGCUAGAGAUGAAAAACUCUACGAUAUGCGUUUGAAAAAGAAAUAUUUUAAGGACUGUUUGUUGGAAUUCUUGGAAAGAAUAACUAUAUAUAUGACUAAUAAAAAAUGGGCACGGAUACGGUGUAUUUGUCCUUUGGUAAAAACAACCGUAUGCAAGAUUCCUUUUUCACAUGGGUUCGAAACUGCAUUACCAUGGUAAUAACAUAUAGGACGGGGGUAUUAACCACCUUCAGUGGUCUUUCUUUUCUGCGACUUUAUUCCUUAAGUUUGACUUUUCUGUAUACACAAAAAAAGUUUACCAUUUCUGUUCAUUUUUGGUUUUCCUUUUCUUUAUAUGCGUCCCUUGCUCUUUUUUGCGCCCCCUAAAAGUGGCGCCCGGGGCACGUGCCUCCUUGCCCCUCCCUAGAUACGCCACUGCCUUUGGACUGUGUAUUUAUAAAUUUUGUUACGUAAUUGCAAUGGAGUGGCGGACAAUCUGAAUUACGUAAGAAGCUUCAACAAAAACGGAAUCGUCUUCCAUACAUAUUGUUUGAUUACGUUUGAUGUAAAUGUAAAAUGAAGAUACAGAUGACUAAUAAACAAUACUAUUGAAAGAAACAAAAAAUAGUAUGAGAAUUAAUGCCUUCAGCAGAUUACAAAUUAAAUUUCAAUGUCAAGCA